AUGUUUAUUGUUGAUGCAAUUGAACUGAAGAUUGAGCUUGAUCAACAUUCAAAGAACAAGCUGCUGAUCCUAGUGGUCGCGUUGCUGGGAAGGUUCGCUGAUUCUGCCGUGUUUGCUGUCAUCAUCCUCCACACGUCGGAGUUGUUCCCAACCUCCAACCGCAACACAGCUAUUGGUACUUCACUUGCUGUGUCGCAAUUGGGCUCUAUCUCAGCUCCCUACGUUGUGGACAUUCUGGGCAAGUAUGCGUGGUACAUGCCCAGCACACUAUGUGGAGGGCUGGCUCUCUGCUCUGUUCUACUGACUCUAGUUCUGCCUGAAACUAGAGGGAAGCCCCUCAUGGACACAGUGCAAGAUCUCAAAAAAGCUCACCACCAAGAUAGAGUUUCUGUCCGGAACUGCUGCACUUUCUCGUGAUAUUGUGAAUUUUCUAUGCCAAAUGAUUUUAUUAGUUGAUAAAUAUAUUUAUAUUUUUU